AUGGCAAUAGCAUCCAUACCUAAGAAUGGAUUGAAUAAGCAUUUGAGUAUGUUAUUGAUUAAAAUGCAUCUCAGUCAUCAACUGAAGUUGGAUGUACCUAUUCCAGAUAUUUGGAAUUUUCUUCAUAGUCAUUGGAAUAUGCGUAAAGCUGACCAAAUAGAAACCAAUUUAAAAGAGAUUAAAAGAAAAAACUUUGAAAUACCUCAAACGGAGGAUUGGAUAAAGAUUAUUGAAGAACAAGGAGCCUUAAUAGACAAAUACAAUGAUACAAAUACAGGUAAUAUGGUUGGUAGUAGUGGGGAAUUUUUUUCUUUAAUGUUGAAGAAGUCCUUGGGACAGUUUUAUUUAAGAAGACAUGAUGGGUUAUCAAGAAGAAUAAGAUUUGAGAGGUUUGAAAUUGGUGAAUUAGAAUGGUUGAUUGUAUUUUCAUGA